CUAUCUUCCUGCAUCUCCAGACGACAUAAUUCUCCUCCAGCAUUGACCUCCCUUCCUGCCUGUUAUUCCCAACCGAUCCUGUCCUCGCACACAGGAUCAUUCCCGCCUCGGCCGCCAGAUGAUCUUGUCGACGAUAGCAGCACCACGAUAGGCCCUAGUCCACGAGAGUCUCGAUGGUGUCCCAGUCCUCCAGGCGCCGGAAGGAAGCAUACGUCGAGAUGGAAAAGGAUGAACACGCAUCCGAAGAUCCCGAGCCAGAUACUCGCCUCGAAACGGUGCUGGUAGGCCUGUCGGGCCCAUCGUCGAGCGGGAAGACGACGCUGGCGCGGCUGUUGCGCGAGAUCUUCAACCUCGACGCCGAGGGGUGGAAAGUCAGUCUGUUCAUCCUGCACCAAGACGACUUUUACAAGACGGACCAAGACAUUCCGACGGUCACCGUCUCGUCCGAGGAAUUCGGCACCCGCGAGCUCCAGGACUGGGACUGCAUCGACUCGCUGGACCUUCCGCUGUUCGAACACACGCUCACACAUCUGCGCGACCACGGCGAUCUCCCGCCCGACAGCGUGUCGAAGGAGGACCAGAACAGCGUGGGCCACAGCGGCGUCUCCCCCGGCAAGGUAGACGAGCACCGCGAGCGGGUGAGGACGCGGAUCGACGAGCUGGUCAGGCGACGAGGCGGCGGAGAGGGCGGAUCCAGCGCGGGCAAAGAGAUCCGCAUCUACAUCGUCGAAGGGUUCCUGCUCUACCCACAGUCGCCGUCGUCCUCGACCUCGACCUCAUCGCUGCCCCUCUCGUCCGACUAUCCUCACUCGGCGGCGGGGUUGGCCCACCUCCACCACCUCACCCACACGCUGCUCCAUCCGCUGCUGUUCCUCCCGUCGACGCGCACCCAGACCCUCUCCCGCCGCGCCGCCCGCUCCGGCUACGUCACCCUGGAGGGUUUCUGGGUCGACCCGCCGGGCUACGUCGAGGACCUGGUCUGGCCCAACUACAUCCGCUACCACGGCUGGAUGUACAAGGAGGGGAACGUGGACGGGGACGUUUUCGACGAGCACGCCUGUGAGAGCGAGGGCGUGAGGGUCUGUCCCGGCGCGGGGCAGUGGAAGAUGAACGAGGUGCUGGACUGGGGCGUCCAGAGGGUCGAAGAAGUCAUCCUGGAGCGGAUGCGGAAAUAGGACUGAGAUAAGUCCUGGGGCCUCACUGGUGUCGGUACUAGCAUUAUAAAUAGAGGCGAGCAGUAACGGCACAGUGCGGCCUCUUAGAUGAUCUAUUGUCUAAUAGGAAGUGUGAAUUCUCUCCCUCUUGUUUUUGUUUUCC